AUGAUUGAAAAUCAAUUUAAAAUUGAAGUCAAAGAUGAUAUUAACAAUGAACAGUCUACUGGUUUAUUAAUAGAACCAAUUGUUGCAGUACAUAGCGAUAAACCUGUUCCAGUAUCUCCAACAGUAGCAACACGCUUCUUAGGAAUAUUUUAUACAUUACUUUCAACAUGUAUUUUCACAAUUUCAGUAUUUAUAACCAAAGAAUUGAAAGUAGAUGUACUCGAUGCAAUAAUUCCCUGUUAUCUAUUGCAUAGCAUCAUCUUAAUUAUCUAUCUGAAAUUUAUAAAACAUUAUCCACUAUGUAAACAAUUAAGUAAACAAGAAAUAUUUUUUUUAUUCAUCAAGGCUUUUUUUUCUACAACUGGUCUUUAUGCUUAUUAUUUUGCUUAUCGUUAUUUGAUAUUGCCAGAUUUAAUAACAAUACGUUUUACACAAAUCAUUUGGACAGCAAUUAUAACUUCAAUUCUCUAUCGUGAAAAACCAUCUAUAUCAAUGAUAAUAUCGAUUUUAUUAACAACUAUUGGUGUAAUAUUUGUUGCUCAACCAAGUUUUUUAUUUAAUAAAAUAUCAAAUAAAAAUAAAAAUAAUACAUCAAAUGAUUAUUAUCAACAUUUAAUAGGUGUCUGUAUUGCAUUCUAUGCUGCAAUAGCAAUGACUAUAACGGUAAUAUCAAAUAAACAGUUAUUAUCAAAAUAUAAAACAAAACAAAGUUUAAUACUAUUUCAAUAUGUAUUUCUAACAUUAUGUAUGCUAGUUGCUAAUGUCUUUUAUAAAUAUAAUUUUUUUAUUGAUACAAUACAAACAUUUAAAAAUGACUUUUUCAAUUGGAGAUAUUUAUUUGCGUCAUCAAUUUGUUUAUUACAUAUACUUGGAUUGACAUUGAUACUGAAAGGGAUCAAACGUGAACAUCCAUCAAUAUUUACAAUAGUUCAAUCAAGCAGUAUUUUAAUUUCUAUUCUAUUACAAAAUAUUUUUUCAUCAGUAAAAUCAAACGUUUUAUCAUUACUUGGCUCAAUGCUUGUUUUAACAAGUAUAUUGAUAAUAACUGGAGUUAAAUUUAUUGAUGACAAAAAACAAAAAAAAAACAUCUGUACAACUGUAUCCUAA